AAACAUUUCACCAGUUCAGCAACGAUUGUUGAAGAGUCUGGAUCACUUAUUUGAGCUAAAUUCUCCUGAUGGUUUUUCUGAAAGGAAUUGCUCAGGCAAAAGAAAUGAUUCAUCAUGUAGUGCUUCUGCUCCUCGGAGCUCAUCUUGCCUCUGCUGGAACACACUCUCUGAGAUACGUCUACACUGGUGUGUCUGGACUCAGUGACUUCCCAGAGUUCACAGCGGUCGGCCUGGUAGAUGAAGGGCAGUUUAUGUAUUUUGACAGUAACAUAAUGAAAGCUGUGCCGAAGACAGAGUGGAUCAGACAGAGUGAAGGAGCAGAUUACUGGGACAGAGAGACUCAGAUUGAUAUUGGCCACCAUCAGACCUUCAAAGUUGACAUCCAGACUAUAAAGGGCCGCUUCAACCAGACGACAGGUAUUCACACAGUCCAGAACAUGUACGGCUGUGAACUGGAUGAUGAUGGCACCAAACGAGGAUACGAUCAGUUUGGUUAUGAUGGAGAGGACUUCCUCAGUCUGGAUUUGAGCUCCCUCACCUGGACCGCUGCUAAAGAUCAAGCUGUGGCUACCAAGGUUAAAUGGGAUUCCACUGGAGCAUUUGCAAAUCAAGAUAAAGCAUAUCUGGAGAACAUAUGCAUUGAGUCGCUGCAGAAGUAUGUGAGAUAUGGGAAGGACACUCUGGAGAGAAAAGUCUCUCCUCAGGUGUCUGUGCUGAAGAGGUCUUCCUCGUCUUCAGUCAAGUGUCAUGCUACAGGAUUUUACCCAAAAGAAGUAACAAUCUCCUGGAUGAAGAAUGGAAAAGAUCAUGAUGAGGAUGUGGAGGUUGGACAAGUUCUUCCCAAUGAGGACGGGACCUUUCAGAAGAUGAGUGAGCUCAGAGUUUCUCCUGAAGAGUGGAAGAAGAAUGAGUUCAUCUGUGUGGUGGAGCACCAGGGUGAAACCAUCAGAGAGAUCCUGAAAGAUGAUUCUCCCAUCGGCAUCAUUGUUGGUGUUGUUGUAGCUGUCGUCCUUCUGUUGGCGGUCAUUGGUGUCGUUGUGUUUAAGGUGCUGCAGAAAAAGAAAAAACCAGACUUCACACCAGUCAAUGGCUCUGAUGAUGGUUCAAACAGAUCCUAAUGCAUGAAGAUGAGACCAGACACGUGAGAGAGAUACUAGUCCAACUACUGAUCUGUCCAGUCAUACAAAAUUGCACAUAAGCAGACUUAAACACACACACACACACACACACACACACACACACAUACUUCUAGGUUUCUGUAAAGGGUUUUAUGUCUUAUGAUUCUACAUUAAAUCUAAAAAGCAAAGUUUUUGUUUCUUCACACUCUCUGAUUAUCCUGAUUUUCAUUCAUUGUAUUAACUUUAUUUUUGAAAAUAUAUUUCCCAGCAGUGACAAAGACACACGAAUACACAAGAAUACCAACGACUGAUUUGCAAUGUUGAUUAGUUUGCCAGAUUUUUGAAAGAUCAGGGUUAUAUAUAUAUAUGUGUGUAUAUACAUGGUUCUGACCAUGAAAAAAAAAAAGUAAUUAGAAACCUGAAGAGUUUUGAGUCAGUGUAACAAUCUAUGUACAACAGCCUGUCUGAGUCUAUAAGGAUUGAUCUCUGUUUGUUUUUUUGAUUUGUAGACAGUUUCUGUAAGAGACUAAGAAUUCGAAUGAAAUUAUCUAAUUGUUUAUUUAAUGCAAUAUUUUAUUUUAAGUACAUUAAAUGGUCUAGAUCUUUAAGAUUUUCUAGAUAAUUGAGAUUUUCCAAUUAAAUCAAUCAAUAUCAAUAUGCAAGCUUUGUAUUUUAUUCUUUGCAUGGGAUUGUUGGGCUUUUAAUGUUUAUAAAAUAAUUCUUCUUUUUUUAAAGGAUUUAGAUGAUUAAAUGUAUUACAAGAUAACUGGUUAUAGAUAUGUUGUACUACUAAACCUUUACAUAAAUACCUGAACAUUCAAAUAAAAUAUUUUCCUUUAGCUAAAUAAAAAGGCAUGAUGUUUAUGUAUAUUGGUGGCUUUCAAAAUGAUGUAAUUUCAUUCUGGUUCUUUAAAAAUAAAGAAAAUCUGACAAAAAGGAA